UGAAGCGCUCGUGCAGGAAGCAGGCGCAGUGAGCUAACUGUGUCCGCACUGUGGGAGCGGAAGAGCAGCAGGCUCAUGCUGUAAAUCCGCUCACUCUUCUGCACACACACACACACACACACACACACGGUUAUUUGGAGCAGUUAAAGGAAAGGUGAAGGUGUCCGGGUGUAACUGUGUGUUCGAGCUUUCUGUGCGGCUGUGGCUGUAGUUCGAGCUCGCUAUGGACCAGAGAGACUCGGCGCCUGAGAGCUGGGAGGAGGACGAUGUGGAGGCCCAAGGCGACACCGAGCUCCAGUCUGCCUUCAUCGGCCUCAAUGUCAACGCUCCAGAGUUUGUCCCGUCCUUUGCACCCAGAGCGUCACCACACAGCACCGGGUCCCAGGGUCCAGACGCAGUUACAAACAUGGAGGUUUCUGAGCCAGUAGCUGCUGUGGAGAACGGAGAAACAGAUACUGGCACAGCCGAGUCGUGGGAGGAGAAGGGUGAACCAGAUGAGGUGGAGGCAGGAGGUGGAGCUAUGGAGGAGAGUGGAUCUGUUCGGGAAGAAGCCCAAGAUGAGAUGAUGAUGGAGGAGGAUGAGGAAAUGCCUGCCCCUAAACUGCCUCCUCCUCUCCCAGAUGCCCCUAAGAAGGAGCAUGUUAAUGUGGUGUUUAUUGGACACGUGGAUGCUGGCAAGUCAACAAUUGGUGGACAAAUCAUGUAUUUGACCGGUAUGGUGGACAAAAGAACCUUGGAAAAAUAUGAAAGGGAAGCAAAAGAAAAGAACAGGGAGACAUGGUAUCUCUCAUGGGCAUUAGAUACAAACCAGGAGGAGAGAGACAAGGGGAAAACAGUAGAAGUAGGAAGAGCAUAUUUCGAAACUGAGAAAAAGCACUUUACCAUCCUGGAUGCGCCGGGCCAUAAAAGCUUUGUGCCCAACAUGAUCGGUGGAGCUUCACAGGCUGACUUGGCAGUGCUGGUGAUCUCUGCCAGAAAGGGCGAGUUUGAGACAGGCUUUGAAAAGGGCGGUCAGACUCGUGAGCACGCUAUGUUGGCCAAAACGGCUGGAGUCAAACACCUGAUAGUCCUCAUCAACAAAAUGGACGAUCCCACAGUAAACUGGAGCUUGGAUAGAUAUGAGGAAUGUAAAGAGAAGUUAGUGCCAUUUUUGAAGAAGGUGGGCUUUAAUCCAAAGAAAGACAUCCAUUUCAUGCCCUGCUCUGGACUGACAGGAGCCAACUUAAAGGAGCCUUCUGACAUGUGUCCCUGGUACACGGGGUUACCAUUUAUUCCACAUCUGGACAGCUUGCCAAACUUCAACCGAUCAAGUGAUGGUCCCAUCAGAUUGCCCAUUGUAGAUAAGUACAGGGACAUGGGCACUGUGGUUCUCGGCAAACUGGAAUCAGGGACUAUUAGCAAAGCACAACAGCUUAUCAUGAUGCCAAAUAGGCACACUGUGGAGGUACUGAGCCUACUGUCCGAUGACGUGGAGACGGAUGACGCAGGCCCUGGAGAGAACCUGAAGCUCCGUCUCAAAGGCAUUGAAGAAGAGGAGAUCCUGCCUGGCUUCAUCUUAUGCAAUGCAGAGAAUCUCUGCCACUCAGGGCGCACCUUUGACGCCCAGAUUGUCAUUAUUGAACACAAAUCCAUUAUAUGUCCAGGUUACAAUGCAGUCCUUCACAUCCAUACCUGCAUAGAGGAAGUGCAGAUAACAGCCUUAAUCUGUUUGGUGGACAAGAAGACGGGAGAAAAGAGUAAGACGCGUCCUCGCUUUGUCAAACAAGACCAAGUGUGCAUUGCUCGUCUCAGAACGGCAGGAACCAUCUGCUUAGAAACAUUCAAAGACUUCCCGCAGAUGGGCCGCUUCACUUUGAGGGACGAGGGUAAAACGAUUGCUAUCGGCAAGGUCCUGAAGUUGGUGCCAGAGAAAGACUGAUUCCACACUGAAAGACUGAUCUGCUGCACUGUGGAUCAGGAGGAAGGAUGCAGCGACCCACCGACCGGAUUCCUCCAAUCCGCUCCAUUCUCUUGUUGUGGAUAAAACUAAGAGAAACGUUUGAAAAAGGACAAUAUCAAAAUGACAGUAUGUUUUAAGAAGAACAAUAUUAUAGAAAAGAAAAAAGAAAAAAAAACAAAGCUCAGUGUGACGGCUUUCUCAUAUUGAGAGCUCAGCUAUGCCACUCAUGUAGCCCAAUUUUAAAGCCAGCCCAUUUCCACAGGCCCAUAUAACAAUGACGAAAUGGAUGCAAUCUUCUUAGAGACUAUUGGCUUUUUAACUGCCCUCUUGUUUGAAGGAUUAAGCCAUUCCUUUGUUAACUGUCCUUAAGCAGUCUGGAACUGACCACUUCUGAAAGUGCGAUCUCAAAUCUUCAGUAAGUCAUGUGUAAUCGGUUCAGAGGGUGAUUUUAUUUCUGAAGUCUGACCUCACCAGCACUGCACUGGGGUUCGUGUAUGUAAUCAGUCUGUACCUUUGCCUUCUUUUCAGUGUUUUCGAUACAGUUUCAGACUGCUUGAGGACAUAAGCACAGGAACAGCAUGGAGCCUUCCAAAGUUACGUUAAAGCUUUGGUCAUGAUUUCUGAUUUUCUCUUUGCAUAUCUGAUAUCUUUCUGGUCUUCUCCUAGAUCGGAUCUUUUUAGUUCAUUCUUUUUUUUUGAAAUCAGUACAGUUGCGAUAUGGACUAUGCGCAUGCAUUGCAGUAAAUGACUAGCAAUUUUUGAAUAAAUGCACAAUUAUCGUCAAAUAUUAUCGAUCAUUUGUAGCCUGCUGUAAACGAAACUAAACAGGAUCAGGCUUAUGCACACAAUAACUAGUCAUUGCUUAUUCUAAAAAGAAUUGUACACGGAUAAAAAUACAAAAAAAAAUGAACUGGGAUGUUACAGUUUCUCACACUACUCAGACAUCUGAUCCAGUUUUACGUACUUCUGUGGCAAUGUCAGCAUUAACUAUCCAACAAAUAAAAUCAUAAAUUGAUCAUUUCA